AUGAAGAUUAAUCCUCGUGUCUACUUUGACAUUGAUAUUGAUGGCAACAGAAUUGGUAGAAUAACCAUGGAACUCUUCGCUGAUGAAGUUCCUAAAACUGCUGAGAACUUUCGUGCAUUGUGCACUGGAGAAUUGGGGUUAGGAAAAGUUAGUAAUACUCCUCUUCAUUAUCGAGGAUCUAUUUUUCACCGGAUCAUCAAAGGCUUUAUGUGUCAAGGUGGCGAUUUUACACGUAGAAAUGGUGCUGGCGGUGAGUCGAUCUAUGGUGCCACUUUUCCUGACGAAUCGUUUGCUCAUAAACAUGAUACUCACGGCCUCUUGAGUAUGGCUAAUCGUGGACCUAACACGCAGUCAUCUCAGUUCUUCAUCACUACAAGACCAACACCUCACUUGGACGGUAAACAUGUGGUGUUUGGACGUGUGGUGUCAGGCUAUAACAUUGUGGAAAGAAUGGAGAAUGAACCCGUCGAUGCUAAUGAUAGACCUUUGCACAAUAUUAUGAUCGCUAACUGCGGUGAGCUGGUGCUAAAAUUGCCUCCUGGUGUAAAAUUGAAAGAGAUGAAUAAAAGUAAGAAAAGUAAAGAAUCCGACUCAACAUCGUCAUCAUCAAGUGACAGCGAGAAUGAUGAAGACUCAACUUCUGAAACCGACAAUCGUAAAAAACGAAGGCGGUCUGUUUCUGUCUCUAGUACAGAUUCACGAUCGUCUGUGAGCGACAGCGAAGAUGAAGUGGAUAACAGUAGAAGAAAGAAGAGCAGGAGCAAACAUCACAAAUCAUCUAAAAGGGAUAAGGACAAGAAGAAGAAAAGAAAGAAUAAGAAUGAGAGGAAAAAUGAUAAAAAGAAGAAAAGGCAUCAUCAUAAACGAGAUAAAUCAGAAGAAAAAAAGGAGAGAAGUGUUGAUGAUAGUAGCAAACAGUCCAUUGAUAGAUCAACAGAAGCAUCGAAGAAGCAAGACCAUUCUCAAGAAGUGUCGAAAUUCAGAGAAUAUGAAAAUAAGAAAGCAGAGAAACCAGAGUGGGAAAAGCGAAGACGGUUCCUUGAUCCUGAUGUCAAGUUUAAAGGAAGGGGUCAUGUGAAAUAUCGUCCUUCUCCUGGCCUUCGAAGUAGCGCUAGCACUAAUGAUGAUCCACGAAGAAGGUAG